AUGGUAGAUUGGCGAAAACAUUGGAACGCCAACCACGCCAUCCCCUUGCAUGUUCUCGAGGCGCUGCACCGCAAUCAUCCUUCAGCUCAAUUGAAAGUCACGAACCACAACCGCAAGGAUCUUGCUCUAGAUGAAGCUCUCCUGUCAUCACCUCAGCUCCACACACUCGAUAUUACAGUCCGGUGCUUCCAUCGGGGAGCAACACGUCUGCAGGACGAAAACAGCGAUCUCUCCAAGCUCAAGACAUUACUCAUGCGGGGCCGCAACCUCAAGGUCCUACGGUUGCGUCUCAGCAAACAGCAACACUUUACCAUGGCUGCGAGAAGUCAACGCAACAGCUACACGGCUAUGGCCGUUGGCGGAUCUCAUUUCCGAUUCCAGGAAACGGACACGUUCCCCACGCUCGAAGAGCUGGUCAUCUCCAGGGCUGAUGACCUUGCGCAUGCCUACGAGUUUAGCCCCAAGCACUGCAGCGAUUGGGCCUACGCCAUGGACUGGAGUGAGAUGCGCAUCUUGGACGUGGCAUCCACUAAUUCCGAACACCUGCUACGAGAGAUCGCUGGUCUAGUACCCAAGCUACACACGCUGAGUUUGAACCCGUCCUCUAUCGACUACGCUACUCUCCAAAGUUUCUUGGGAACUGUGCCACUGUUGUCAGAUCUGAAGCUGGUUGCUGGAAGCACGUCGAACAUGUAUGUUGGCAGCUUUGACAAAGCAGUCACGAGGGUUUGUGAAGCCAUUGGACCUCAACUCCGCUCUCUCCAGGUUGAAUCUAGAUCUGGUAUCGUCAUGCCGUGGCAGAAUCAGAGGAUUCUGGAGGUGCUGGAGUUAUGUCCGCAGCUUUGGUACUUCGAAAGUGUCAUCGAGGGGCUGAUUUCGACCGGUAAAUGGGAAGGAGAUGUUGUGGGCAAGUCAGCUUCGUACAAGCGUGCAUUAAUGUCAUCGACUGGCACUAGGAUAUCAGGUAUGUAA